AUGGGGUCUAUCAAACCAUUGAUCGCGUUGGUCUUCACCCUCACUUUCUCUGUCUGGCUCUGCGCCGGAAUUCCUACUCCAACUCUACCCGAUUCGGCCACUCAUCAUGGAUUGAAUCUCUAUGACGACAUUGAAUGGACUGGUCCUGUCGCCCCUGGUGGUAGCAACUAUACAUUAUUUGGGAGCAUUGAAUCCAUCAAAGCUCAAAUCGAAUCAACUCCUGGAUUCGACCCUUCCGUUUUUAACACCGCAUCCACUGUCAACGAGCCCGAUCUCCUUCUCAAACGCGGCGGCAACUACAUUAUCGACUGCUCCCGCACUUCAGACCAACGAAGUGGUGCCAGCCUUCUUGAUUAUAUUUCUGCCCUCGACAAAGUCAAGAAUUUCCAUGGCUCCUGUUCAAUCACUGGCCGUGCCUGCAAACGAUUCGGCUGUGGAAAGGAUGGAAGUAUCGGUUUAUGUGUCACUCGUGAAACUCCAUUUAAUAUCGAAUGCAAGGAGGUCUUUCGACUUGCCGACAUCCUAAUCACUACUCUAGUCAAUGACUACACCGGAAAGGCUCCAAACAAAUGUCAGCUCCUCAAAGGUGAUAAAAAAUCGGCCAUAUACUACUCUGGCGAUAUGUACUGGUCGCUAGAUGGAAAAUGGUAG